UUACCUGUAGUUUAUUUCACGGUUGAGUGAGUUAAUUCUGGGCGGAAAGAGGAAGCUGGAUAAGUAGGCUGCUAGGGUAACUACGAUGUUGCAACAUUGUAACAACGGAGGAAUUGGUGAUUGAGUCCGGGUAAACAAAGCGGAAGACAUUUUAUAAAUACUUUGAUGACCUUGUAGUUGUUCUUGACUGCAUUUACGUGGUGAACUUUCAAAACGUGGCAAACCAGUUAGUGUGUGUGCACCUUUGUUACCAUGCAUGAGGAUGAAUGUCCAAUCCAAUGAGACCAUGCUCUUUGAGGAAGAGGUGGACAAGACAAGUCGGGAGGUUGAAGAGGACAAUGUGUCCAGAAAGAUGGUUACUGUCAACUGGGACCAAUGGGACAGGUUACUGCUGCCCUCUCCACUGGACUCUGGUGUGCACAGUCUGGACACAGUGUACGACAGAACCACCGUGAUGAUUGAGCAAGACCCUGUGGGUUCUACAACUGACAAUAAAGAGGAAGAAGAAGACCUGAUGAUAUAUCUAGACGAGGGAUUUGAGACGGAGGACCGUGGAGGUCUGGAAGACCACUGGGAGGCCAUGUCACAGGGGUACAUCCACCACACCAUCUCCCAGGACCAGAUCCAGUUCACCAUCAACCCUGGUUCCACACCCAUGCCCCGGCACAUCCAGGGGGCCACCAUCACACUACACUCUGAGUGCCCAGAUACCCACCACAGCGAGGUGAAGCGUUACCAGUGUCUAUACAAGGACUGUACUCGUACCUACAGCACAGCAGGGAACCUGCGGACCCACCAGAAGAGACACAGAGGAGAAUACACAUUUGUCUGCAACCAGUUGGGCUGUGACAAGGCCUUCCUCACCUCCUACAGUCUAAAGAUCCACGUCCGCGUUCACACCAAGGAGAAACCCUUCGAAUGUGAUCAACAGGGCUGUGAGAAGGCCUACAACACACUGUACAGGCUAAAAGCCCACCAGAGACUGCACACAGGGAACACGUUUAACUGUGAGUCAGAUGGAUGCACCAAGUACUUCACCACCCUGAGUGACCUGAGGAAACACAUCCGGACACACUCCAAGGAGAAGCCCUUCAGGUGUGAUAAUCCUGGCUGUUACAAGACUUUCACCUCUAGUGACCAUCUCCAAACACACUUCCUGGGACACACAGGCGAGCCACCCCUCCUUCAGGUGGACACAGACGGUGAUAACUCCCUAAGCUCCUCCAACAGCCUUAGGGACAACAUCAAAGGUCACGACCCUGGACCGUCAGCUGACAUCACUGACAGCCACUCUCUCUCAGAGGAUUUGAAUCCUCGUUCCCCAUGUCUCAGUGAUAUGAGCCUGAUUUCCACUGAUUCUCAGCUCAGAGAAAAUAAUUCUGAUGCCCUGGAUCUGAUGUUUGAGUUGCUGUUUCAAGACAAGCCCCAGACACAGGGUGUGUCGUCGUUGGCAGCGCCCUCAUGUAGUUUGGAGAACCCAUCUCCAACCGUGGUGCUCCCAGAAGCAUCACCCUGUUUUAUCUCUACCUGUCCUGCCCCCUCUGACUCUCUCCCUGGUGAACCCUGUCCUGUACCCCAGCCCAUCGCUGUCCUCACCCCUGGUGAACCCUGUCCAGUUCCUGUCGCUGUCUCUCCCAUGAUCAGUGAAAUAACUCAACAUGAUGUGAAUCCAGAACAGCUGUCCAACCAGAGCCUAUUACAACAGCCAGCCGCAUCCGUCUAUUACCAACCUAGCUCCAAUCAGAGCCUACUACCACAGCCAACCAACCAGAGCCUCCUUCCACAGCAGAGCCUACGACUAGAGCUAACCACCACCCUCCAUUCACAACCAGGCUCCACCCAGCGCCUCCUACUAGAGCCAACCACCACCCUCCAUUCACAACCAGGCUCCACCCAGCGCCUCCUACUAGAGCCAACCACCACCCUCCAUUCACAACCAGGCUCCACCCAGCGCCUCCUACUAGAGCCAACCACCACCCUCCAUUCACAACCAGGCUCCACCCAGCGCCUCCUACUAGAGCCAACCACCACCCUCCAUUCACAACCAGGCUCCACCCAGAGCCUACUACUACAGCCAGCUGAGACGCCUUCCAUCUAUUCGCAACCAGGCCCAUACCCUCCACCCCCCAGCUCCUCCAUCCAGGCCCCACUAACACCCCUUUCCCUGGGGCACUUUGCUCCUCCUACUGUCCCUGCCCAGAGUACCCUCCAGCCCCUGACCUUGUCCACACAGAACCUCCAGUGGCUGUUUAACAGUGUCAAUGACCAGAGGCAGCGGGACACACAGACACAGCUUUUACAACAACACAGUGUCUCGACACAAGAGAAGCUCUAUUUCACCACAGCAAUACCUAUGGGAGGGAACACAGGGACAGCUCUGCAACAGCUAGGCCUGCGUCUGCCUGUCAUCAUCAUCAGACAGGGAGAGUCAUGCCAGUGUCGGUGCCCCUGCAGAGAUGGCAGCACAGCAUCAGACACAGAGAAACAGACUGGUUGUCAACCUACUGGUGAACCCUCUGGUGCCCAGGUCAAGCAGCCCCAGGACCUAUCAACCCAGGACCCACCGCCACAGCCCCAGCAGCCUCAACCUCCACCUCCACCUGUACCUCCUUGAUGAAAAUUCAAGUCAAACUUUUGAUAGUGAAGAAACUGUUCCUGUUACUUAUCCACCUGAGACAUCUUAUAUGCACUGUGCUGUGUACUUAACUCUUUCUGUUGUUAAUACCUAGUUCAGGAUCAGGUCUCCCUACCCUGUCCCCAUAACCUUAACCAACAGUAACCCCAUACUAGUUGCUGAGGGUAGAAAGCAAUCAAAUGCUGCAUUUCAGUGUAGAUCGGGUCAAUGCAGGUUAUCUACAGUUUUUUAUUUUGAUUUAUGACAUGUCUGGUAGCGUUCAAUUAUGAGUUGGGCUAGAACAGUGGCUGGCCGCUGAGUGUAGUGUGGUAAACAUUUGACUCAAGCACAAAUCCUCUGUAGCAAUAUUCCACUUUACAUCUAGUCCCGCUGGAAACAUUAAGGGUGACAUUUAUUUUUGAUGGCACAGAAAGAAAAAGCGUUGCACGGGGAAUAUCACUCCCCAUGCAGUACUUGGCAUUGCAGUUUUUGUCAAAUGUUUGUGAACUGCUAAAUGUUCUGGGAUGGUGUGCGGCAUGUGUCUGUUCCAUUUCUUUAUGAACCUGCAAAUGAUCUGGAGAUGUAAGUGCUGCUAUAACAAUACAGUGUAUUUAGACAUGAGCAAACUAACCUGGCAAAGAACACAUUUUGAGUUUUUCUUGAAUGUUCAAAAUAUAACUGUUUUUAACAUUUCAUUUUCUAUGUAAUGUCAUCUGUUUACUGUUUAUUUACUUACUGCCAUUUUGAUCAGAGGGACAGGUUAGCUGAGGUGACUGCAUCAGGCUCCCUGUGGAGCUCUGAAGAGUUUAUAUAUGUUUUUCAGAACAAAAAAUCCCUUUGAUUUUGCCUCUUUGAAUCUUGUUCUGCAUUAUUGAACUAGCUUAAUUGGCUUCCUGUUUUUAAAUGCUUUGGUUUGGAACUCUGAGUGGCAGAAUUCCCUUGACGAUGUUGCCCUGGCCAACCCUGCUGCUUUUAGAUGCGUUUCCUUUCUCUCUCUGUUGUGCUGUUCUUUUUUUCUGUUGUGACUUUCUGUCACUGGCCAUUAGGUUGAACAAUGUUUUCAAAUGACCUUAAUAUUCUAAAGCUGUUAAUGAGUUAACAGAGGGAAACAUAAUUUUUCGGUUGGCGGUUUUUCCUCUCAUGCUUCUGCUUAGCUAGCCUGGUGGAUGCAUGCAGUUUGAUCAAGGAUGAACAAGCUCUCUAUGGAUGACGCUAACCUAGAAUCCAAACUGAUAUAGUCCCUUUCAUCAUUGUGGAAUGAAGAAUAUCAGUUUGGAGUCCAGGCACAGAUGUUACUGGACUCAAAGAAAGUCAAUGAUUUCUUUAUUCAUUCCCUCCCACUGUCUUGUCAGUCAAAUUCUAUUUUCAUCCGUCUA